AGAGGUACGGCGUGUAGGGCGGGACGGCGUCCGAUCCCAGCAACCCUCGCCUCUCGCGCACCGGCCUGGGCCUACCCCGCCCGUCUGGCGUCCGCCUGUUCCCCAGGAACAGAGGAGAGGCGAACAGGGAGCCGCCGCCCGCCGCCGUUGAUCCCUGCCCUUCCGAUCCGGAACCCAAGCCUCCCCGUCUACCGGAGCUCUCCAGGAUGGCGGUGAGCUCGCGGAUGCCCUCCCAGCCCGCGGCGCGGGGCCUCCUGCGCCGCACCCCGCCGCGCAUCCUCCCCGUCGAGCGCGCGCCGGGCCGCCUCGCCCUGGCCGUCCGCGCCGUCUCCGGGAGCCCCGGGCCGGGCGGAUCGCCAGUGCCCAGGCGGUCCCCGGCGCCGGCGGACGCCGCGGCCGUGGCGCCGACCUCCGCGCCGUCGUCGGCCUCCUCGGCCAUCGAUUUCCUCACCCUGUGCCAUCGCCUCAAGACCACUAAAAGGAAAGGAUGGAUAAAUCAUAGCAUCAAGGGCCCUGAAUCUAUUGCUGAUCACAUGUACCGUAUGGCCUUAAUGGCACUGAUUGCUGGUGACCUUCCCUCUGUGGAUCGAGAAAGGUGCAUCAAAAUUGCUAUUGUGCAUGACAUUGCUGAAGCUAUUGUUGGUGACAUUACCCCAUCGGAUGGUAUACCUAAGGCUGAAAAAAGCCGGCGUGAACAAGCAGCUCUUGAUGAAAUGUGUGAAGUUCUUGGUGGUGGUCCAAUAGCUGAUGAGAUUAAGGGGCUGUGGGAAGAAUAUGAGAACAAUUCUUCUAUUGAAGCCAAUCUUGUAAAAGAUUUCGAUAAAGUGGAAAUGAUUCUCCAAGCAUUAGAAUAUGAGAAAGAACAUGGCAAAGUGCUAGAUGAGUUCUUUCUCUCCACUGCUGGCAAGUUCCAGACAGAGAUCGGUAAGAGCUGGGCUGCUGAAGUGAAUGCAAGGAGAAAGGAGGGAUGCAAAAAGCAGUAGGAGCAUCUGAUCACCUUCAUAAAACUUCCAUGGAAAAUUCUCGCCCCAUGAAUGGGGCGGUAUGGCCAGGCAACUGGGGACUGGCAGUUAAGCAAACCCCAGAGUCGCUCUCCACAAGCCAAUUUCAACAGUGGCACUUAACUGAUUACCAUGGAAGUCCAGCUUUAGUAAGGAAUAACGGGAGGGAAAUGGAGGAAAAUCCAUCAAUGUUAGUUUGGUUAGAGCUGAAACAUGAAAGGUUUGAAAUUACAAGACUCUUGUGGUGGGGUACUAAGGGCUGUGAUGUUUUGUUCUAGCGAGGGAUAAGAUACGAUUUUGUUUAGCUGAGGGAAUAAUAAAAAUGUGAUGUGUUUGCCCUAGCCCA